CGUGUCCAACUCAGCACAAGCAGUUGUGAAGCAAAGUGCAGUGCAGGUGAGGUUAAAGGCCAGAACAUGACGAUGGACGAGGCUCCCCCGGCAGUCCGGUACCAGUGGGCCGAUCCGGUUCCGAUGAAAUCCGCUACCCAGCGUGUUCAGGAAGCGCUGGAGAUACUGGUGAACAUGCUGCUGUUCUUCGUUGAAUCGAUUCCGCUCUGGUGGGAAGCGCUGGUCGGGUGUUUCUCCAGUCCGCCGCCCAAGUCCAUUUCCGGCCAAACGGCGCUGGUAACCGGCGGCGCCAAUGGGCUCGGACAAGCGAUCGCUCUGGAGCUGGCAAAGGAAGGCUGCAACGUUGCCGUGGUCGAUCUGGAUGAAGUGAAUGCCCAAGAAACGGUGGCCAAGCUGCGCCGCUACAACGUGUCCGCGGUGGCAUACAAGGUGGACGUGUCCGUGCACGAGGCAGUUCGGCAACUUGCACGCGACGUCCAGCGUGACCUUGGCCCGGUGGACAUACUGAUCAACAAUGCUGGCAUCUUACCGAGCAGCUUCGAGGUGGACAACCUUCCGGCGCACAUCCAACGCAGUGUGGAGGUCAACAUUUUGGCAGGCAUUUGGACCACGCAGGAGUUUUUGGAAAACAUGAUUCGCCGACGCAAGGGACACAUUGUGGCGAUCAGUUCCGUCGCUGGGUACGUCGCACCGGGAUGGGCGAAAACGUACGCAAUGACCAAGUUUGCCGUUCGCGGCUACAUGGAUGGCCUGGAGGACGAUCUGUACUUGCGGGGCCACUCGAACUACGUCCACACGACGACCGUAUUUCCGUUUGCAUUUAAUACGCGCAAAGAAGCCAUGGAUCUGCUGAAGCAUUCGGAGGUGUUACGGCGUAUGCCAAUCUACGAACCGGCCACAUUGGGAAAGAGCGUUGUGAAAGCCAUCAAAACGAACCAGCGGAAGUUGGUGGUGCCCGACACGGUCAAACCGUUUCUGUUGUCCAUUUUUGACAAUCUCCCAAUCAAAAUCCGAAGACUCCUGACCAGGACAAUGGCGCAGGGUGAAGUCAAACUAGUGGAUUGAAUGUCGCUAGUAAAUAAACGGAGUAAGUGCGCGCGUUUUCAUCGAAUCUCAUCGAAAUUCGAUGAAAACGCUGUGAGGUUGAAAUAUUUCAACAAACGAAACAUUUCCCCACGGGCGACGGUUGGUGAUCAGAUUCGGGCGCCCAAA